AUGAAACCGGAACCAAAGAAGCAAAUGGCGCCAGUUGAAGAUAAAGACAAAAAGGAGGUUAAGAAGGUAAUUAGCACAGAGCCAGAAGAAAAGCAACCGAAGAAGAAGAAUGGUCCAUCGAUGCUUAAGAAAUUGGCUCCCGUUGUGAGGAUCGAGAAGAAAACGCCGCCAGCUCCAAAGAAGGAUGAGAAGGUCGCUGUCGCGGAGCCCAAAGGAAAGAAGGAUGAGAAAAUUGCCGUCAUGGAGCCGAAGGAGAAGAAGGACGACAAGACUGCCGCCGGGCCAAAAGAAAAGAAAGAAGAAAAAGCGAGUGUUCCAGAAGUCCAACAGAAGAAAGAGGUCGAGCUCAAGGGCUUGAAAGUUCUAUCCAAAGCAGCAGUACCGAAGGAGGAGAAAAUUCAGAUAUCGGCCAUUCUUCGAUCGCAGGCCCCUCGUAUUGAUGGAGUGACAGUGAUUUUGGUUCAACCCAUUUUCGUUUCCUACAAACACCCGCAGAAGAUUCGAGAAAUAAAACCAUUGGUAACGAAAUCCGUCAGUCAUUCGCUUUUCAAGAAGUCCCUGCAACUUGACAGUCAGAAAACCAUCACACAAAAGAAGAAGUCGAGGGCGUCGGCGUCGCUGUCGUGCAAGGCAGCUUCUAUAGAACAAGCCACUUGCACCAAAGAACUGAGAAGGAAAUCAAUGCAGUUUGGAGCUCAUGUAACUGUUGAUCGACCGGUGCCUGAUGUGAACAUCAGCCGUGUGCGACUGAAGAUCAGACGUGCUAAACAACCAUUACCUCCUGCUCCCGUUGAACCUGCUCCUCCUGUGGAGAACGGAACACCUAGAAGAAGUACGAGUGUGGAUAGCGAGAGCUCUUAUCUUCAGACGGUUCGUCGGGUCAUCGAAGCAUAUGUUCACUAA